AACUGAGUCAACAUAGUAGAACACGUCUAACAAUCAUUGAGUCUAUACAUCAGAUAAGCAGAAGCAAGAGCUCACCGACCUUGUUUCAGGGAGGGGAUCGAAUGACUUUCGGUAUUGAUUGGAUAAAGAGAGAUUUAGAUCUUAGCACAAUGAUGGUUUGGUUGAAUUUGAUAUUUUAUACCAAGGAUCGGGAUGUUGUUUUUCUUUCCCAGCCACUUCUAUUAUUUGCAUAUUCCUGCUGCCGAUCUGGUCUUUGGAUUCAUCAGUUGGUGUGUUACACGGAGAAGAAAAGUAGAAUUCAACUGGAAAUUAAAAAUAAUUCUUACUCCAUAUUAAAAUAUGAGAUUCAAAACAAGAUUAUUGAUCAGCACUAUAAUAUAGGGAUAGACUGGAUAGUACGUAGUGAUACUAGCAAUUGCGCCUAGGGAUACUGCUGAUCCAAGAUUCUGGGACCGAGAAAUCCGAGAAUCGAGAUGGAUCCCGGCACCGGAUGCAAGAUUUCUCUUUUCGGCCUCAACUCUCGACUUUCCUCACUGGAAAUGUGAAUUAAGCAAUCCGCAGCUGUGCUAAAAAUUCAAUACGGAAAUUUUAUAAAUUAGACUGGCCAGUUGAAUUCAAGGUUCAAACGUUCCAUGAACGAAUCUAGAUAAGCUGAGCAGUAAUUCUAAGAACUAAAAGGAAGUUCAGGAAUCAUCGACUAUUGGGAUCACAAACGCGCACGAAUUCCAUGGAGGCUUUCUACGGCGACCUAAUUUGGCACGUGGUGGUAGAACUCAAGGCCUCACCUUUAGUAGAUCAAACAGGAAGGUGCACAAAUAGAACCUCCAUAGUUAUCUUCAUUUCAGUUUUUCUUAAAGUACGGGCGCACAGUGUAGUUUCAAUGUUCAAGGAGUGAAUACCUAAUUUAAUGUCCAACAUUUGUUAAUUUCAGAUCUGGAACUUUUGCAUAAAGGUCACUUUGGUUGCAUAUGAUGUAAUUUACUGCUAAACCUUAGUUUCCAUAACCUUUGAAAGAUUUGGAAUAGUUAGACUUCCUUUUUAGAAUUAAUACCACUUGAUAGGUUCACCGUAAGCAAUAUAAUUGAUACAGGAUUGUUGAUUAAGUUUUAAGGAUUAUGUUUCUCAAUUUGAUCUGGAAAACAAAAAUCAAUGUACAAGUAUACUUUUUCUCUUCAAAAAUAAAUAUACUAGCUAUAAACUAAGCUGCAUGUAGUCUAUAAAGAUCUACUCAUACUAGAGAGUUGAGAUGAUGUCAAGGAAGGUGUCCUCAGGACAAGGUAUUGUAAGUCCUCCCAUUGGAUGAUCAAACCCGAAUUCUUCUUCAGCUUGAGUUAGCAAGUCUUGAAAUGAGUGCUCCUUCAAGUAUGAAAUCGGAAUGACAAAACGCUUCUUUUCGUUCUCGCCUACAUAAACCGCAAAGUGACCCUUAGGAACCACAUUGUCUCUGUUUGUUUUUGAAGAUGACCUUCUAAGACCUUGUUUACCACGAAGAAUGUGCGCCAAACUGAUGGCCAUGUUUAAAGUGUUUCUUUUCAAAGUAUAGGCAGUGCUAAUUCAAGAAAUUAAGAUCUUUGUGUAGGAUGCAGUACCAACCGAAGAAGUGUGUUUAUAUAGAUCCUUAAGAGGUGUAAUAAGUGGCUAAAAGAUUUCAAGGGUGGGUGGGCAGCCAGCUAGCAUGAUUAGGAUACAUUUGCACAUGAUUUUGUCUUACAGAGGUUAUCCAGAAUUCGUAGUAUUAUCUGUCUUACUUAAUAGCUUUGACUGUAUACGAUCCCGUACAUCAGUACAUGCCUCAACUCUGUGGGUAAAGCUCAACCAGAUGUUAAUCCGUUUGCUUGGAUGAAUCACAUUAUUCGGAAGCAAAACCAUGUGAAUGUGAUUCCUCAUUUAUGUGGAACAUGGUUUUGACUUCAAUUGCAACCGAUGUGGCUUGGGGAUAGCCAUAGGGAUGGGGUAGGGUGGGAACUGGGGUAGGGGGCAUGCCUUUUCCUUAUAAACACUUUGAAAUUUGAACAGAUAACUUCCAUAUGCAUUUCUUUUUUCUGCAAACAUUUUAUUUAACUGGUCCAACUAAGACCUAAGAUUUCUACAGCUUUUCUGCUCUCCCUUUCAAUCGUUCUCUUUUUUCCUAGUUAGUUCCUUAAUCAGUUGCAAUAAGCUCAUCCGACUAUAAAAGAGAAGGCAAGUUCACGACCAUCUGAAGGAAGGGGGUUACAUUUUCCGGACUAAAUAAUGACACAUAUACUUGCGCUUCUUCCUCUUAAGUGAGCAAGGGUCCAUUUCUAUCUAAUACCAAUACGGUAGACAAGAAGCACUUUAUUGUGCAUCUUUCUUAUCUCAACUAUGAGAUUAUUAGGCAACUUUUGAAAAUGACUGAAGAAGGAAUUGGACUUCCAAGCAAUUUGCCUAUAACACUACCUUGUGGUGAUUCAACCUUUCACGGCUUACAGCAUGUCAUUUCUGAGCUGAGGUUUAUUCAGAGAACUUGAGAAUGCAUGGCUCAUCUCAAUUACUUCGCACGGGUGGGCUUCUCCUAAACUGCACCAUGAAGGAUGUAGUAAUCAAGAAUGUCCCAUUUGCUGAUAUUAGUGUCAUAUUUUUGUAAACGAAGAACUCAUCAGCUGAAGCUCAAUAGGUCAUGCAUAGUGUACAAUAGUGAGAUGUCAUGCAUACUGUACAGCAGUGAGAUUUUAUGUCCAUAUUCAAUUAUCGGAAAGGCUCAUUAAGUUAUAAAAUUGUCUUAUUCAGUUUGUGACUAUAAGAUUUUAUAGAUAUUUCUGUCCUAAACAAAAAAUGCACCAUACACUUUCUUGAAUUUGUGAGCUCAAUAUACUCAGCAUUAUUUUGAUCUGAACUUAUUAAUAGCUUUCUCAUUCAUUUGCAGUUUGAUCUAUAACUGAAAACUUAUUGCAUAUGAACAUGUUUGUUCUAGACUGAUGAAUAUUCAACAGACAACUUCAUUCAGGUUCUCUGCGAUUGCAGUAUAGUAUGUUGUAUAUAAUCCAUGUAGCAGAUUUGAAUACAAGAAAUAUGUCAAUUCACUUUUUUGUAUAAAUUAUAAUUGCAGAGUACUGGUUUAGGGAAUAGUUUAUAUUUAUAUGUUUCACUAUGGCCUAUCUAGAUAAACUGAACAGUAGUCUGCAGAAUUGAAAUAGUCUUGAAUCAUCAAUAUUUUCUCUUUAAACUACAUUCUGAUCUAAAAUAUGUAAUUUCUGAUUUAUUGCAUAUAACUUUAUACAGAUAGAUCGGAGCGUAUUAUAUCUCGUUGGAAAGAUAGAUCGGAGCUCUAAAGCUAUUGUUCCAACUUCAUUUACAAUGCAUUAAUUAAAAGUUGUAGAUUAACCAUAUAUUCACAAAUGUUUCUGAUUUCACUCCAAACUCGUGUAGAAUUUGAUGCGAUCAUAUCUUGCUCUAUUUUGAGCCGUUGAAAGCGUUUAAUAUCUCUUUGGAAAUCUCUUACCGAGUUCUAAAACUUGUCUUCAGGCGCUGGUUUCAAAAUAUCAAGGGAUGAUUGCUUAAUUACUAUAAUACACUGUAUUUACGCUAAAGUGCUCUAUUUUCGCUGAAAACGCUAAAUCUUAGAGAUAAGGCUAAGUAUUUGUGACACUCAUAUCUUGCUGUGUGUUUAUCCGUUUGGAGAUUAUUAUAUCUCGUUGGAAAGAUAGAUUGGAGCUCUAAAGAUAUUGUUCCAACGUCAUUUACAAUGCAUUAAUUAAAAGUUACAAAUUAACCAUAUAUUCACAAAUGUUUCUGAUUUCACUCCGAACUCGUGUAGAAUUUGAUGCGAUCAUAUCUUGCUCUAUUUUGUGCCGUUGAAAGGGUUUAAUAUCUCGUUGGAAAGAUCUUACCUAGUUUGCUGUCAAAUAUUGUUCUUAUUGAAAUUCAGAGUUAUUUUUUGCAUCAUUUAUAUUUGUUCCAAACUCCAUUUCAGAAAUUAAUGGAACAGAUGCAGUAUAAAAAUAUGCACUGCUCGUCUCUUUAUUUUAUUAGUUUAUAAAUAAAUGCAGUGUGGUUUCUUGAUUCAAGAAGCUACACGCUUUAUUUACUAUCCUGAUCUAUAAUAAAUUGUAAUAAAAGGAAACAGUACUGGUAAACCAUUGUAAACUUAGGUACACAGCAUAAAUAAAUGCUUAAUCACUUGUCCCUGAUAAAUAUGGUUGUACAAGGAUAAUACUAGUAAUAAAUUGAACAUUCUUUAGUCAAAUUCCACAGAACUCUUCAUUUCGUGUAGUUUGAAAUUGCAGUGUAGUUUAUAUUUCAGAAACGAAAGAUACACAUAAGAAAUGGCUUUAAUUCACUUCUGCUGAAUCUUAAUUUUCUUAUCUUUGGAGAUACAUUGAUUAAUUAGACUUCUUGUUCUACAACUUGAAAGGGUUCACCAUCACUAAUAAAUGAAAAGUACUCAUAAAAUAAAAAUGUAUAUUCCAAUAUCAACAGGGAAAAAAAAUCGAACUCUGUACAUGAGUAAUUUUCUCACCAAAAUUGUUGUACUGAUUAACUAUAUAACCUAAGAUGUCUAAAGUCUAUCAAGAUCUACUCAUACUAGAUAUGAUGUUGAUGAAGGUAUCCUCCAGACAAGGUAUUGUGAGUCCACCCAUGGGAUGAUCAAAGCCGAACUCUUCUUCAGCUUGACUUAGCAAGUCUUGGAAUGAGCUGUCUUUCAGGAAUGAAACCGGAAUUACAAAGCGCUUUUUCUCGCUCUUGCCUACAUAAACUGCAAAGUGACCCUUAAGAACCUUACUCUCUCUGUUUGUUCUUGAAGAGGACCUUCUGAGGCCUUGUUUACCACGGAGGAUGUGUCCCAUACUGAUUGCCAUAUAUGUGUAGGAAGUUUUAGUUGAAGGCAAAAUCUCUGUUUGUAUGAAACUAGGAACACCUUGAGUUGAGUGGUCGGGAUAUUAACUGGAAUGUGUUUAUAUAGAUAUGAUUCUUUACAAAGUUAGAGAAGUUUGGUUUGGAAGGGCAUCCAGCUUGCAGGAUAUGAAAUUAGGAUAGCUCAACCACUCCUGACAUCACCACAUGCUUUGUUCUUCCAAAAAGCAUCAAUAAUGUCUACCAACUGCAUUGUAGGUAAACGACAUCAUUCCUCACUUCAUUCAAUCAAAUUGUGAAAGCUCAACUACUCAAGAAAAGUCUACCAAAUGAGAGAUGAAGAUGAAUCAGUCAGUUAAAAAAGAGGUAUUUAUUAGGAAACAAAACCAUGUGAAUACGUUUCCUCAUUUAUGUAGGACAUGAUUUGGCCUUCUCUAAUUCAAUUUGAAACGCUCCAUGGAACUGGAGCAACGUGGUUGAAGCUAAACCAAACACACCACCGAGACUGAGAGGGAUAUUCUUUAAACAUGGUCUUAACCUCAUAACCCUUAAGGGACCCUUCCAUGUGCAUUUUUAUCAUAAAAAUCUGCAAUUUAACUGAUUUCGUACAUAUCUAGAGUGUAUUAACGUUUCAUUCAUCAAGCUAGCUGAAAGCUGGCAGAAAUUGGCUGUCCUCAGCAGAAUGAUUUUCAAGAAUGGACUAGUAAAUGGUUAGAAUACUUCUUGAACAGUCCUUGUUCAAGUAAGGGUCGUAUUUCUAUAUAUACUACUCCGUACUAAUUAGGAGCAGUUCCUUGUUCCGCUAUCUUAUAUUGAGAAUACAAUUAUUUGAAAACUCUUAGGCUGGUUUGAAUAAAAAACAUUGAAUGAUCUGAAAUAAUGACUUCCUUUUUCAUAUAGUUGCAGGAUGAGUAACAAUUUAUGACAAGGUCGAUGAUAAAAUUUUUAACAUUAUAUUUCUCAGUCUGAUCAGGAGCAAACAAAAUGUACAAGUAUGCUUUUCUAAUCAAAAUCGGUUCUACUGGCUAAAAACUACGCUGCAUGUAGGCAUGUAGCCUAUCAAGAUCUACGCAUACUAGAGAUGAUGUCAAUGAAGGUGUCCUCCGGACAAGGUAUUGUAAGACCACCCGUUGGAUGAUCAAACCCGAAUUCUUCUUCAGCUUGACUUAGCAAUUCUUGGAAUGAGUUGUCUUUCAAGUAUGCAACCGGAAUGACAAAGCGUUUUUUCUCGCUCUCGCCUACAUAAACUGCAAAGUGACCCUUGGGAACCUCACUAUCUCUGUUUGUUCUUGAAGAAGACCUUCUGAGGCCUUGUUUUCCACGGAGGAUGUGUCCCAUACUGAUUGCCAUAUUCAAAUGUCUCUAGGAAUUAGAGGAAGUGUUGAUUCAAGAAAGAGAGACCUGUGUGGAGGAUGUAGU